AGGCAGCGCAGUGCAGUGCGGGAGGGGGUAGAGAGAUGUAGAGACAGGAAGGCUCUAUUGCUACCAUGCCAGUAAGAUACAGGCAGACAGAGAGGAAACAUGGAGGGAGAGGAGCCCCUGUCAUCUCCAAGACCGGCCCAAUGAGAGGGUAACAGGCUCAAGGAACACUACAACGGAGAGGAUAGUAGGAGGAGAGGCCGAAGCAGAGGGAAAAAAGUAGGUCAAUAAAAUCAGAAACAGGUUUUGGCAGGGAAAAGGGGAGUGGGUGGGACCAGAGUUGUGGAGGGAAAAAACAGAAAAAGUUUUGGAGACACAGUAGGAGAGGGAAAGGAAAGGGGGAACCGAGGCAAAACAUUAGAGUAGAUAAAGCCUAUGUUAAUGGCAAAGGUAGGAGGUGAUUUAUGGAAGAAGAGGAGGAAGCUCUCUGUGUCUCAGGAGUCCUCCUGUUCCUCUGCUUUUUCUUCAUUCUCUGAGGCUGCUGGACAUCAUCCAUCACCAUGUUUUCUGAGAGUGGGACUCCAGCUCCUGGGGAGCAAAAAGGCUUCAAGCCCCACACCCAUCACUUCAUCCCAUGGCUGCGCAAUAGUCUGAAGACUCACCACAGCAGCGGUGACUUAGGGCUCAACAGACCAUACAAAUCCAGUUCAGAGCCCCACAACAACCUGACCCCACUGGAGAAAGCCAAAGGGAUUGGUUUCUUCUCGAUCCAGGGAAAGGACAGGGCAAAGAAAGGUGACCUUCGAUGUAAUGGUAUUGGGAUGCUGCCAGUGGUGCUGAGGGGGCAUCACAUUUUGCCAGGGAGUCUGGGGAAGCAGAGGGAGGAUGGUCCUGCCAGGUGGAACCAGACUAAAGAGUUGGACACUGAUUACACAGGCCCAGGGGAUGGACCACAAGGCCUGAGCGACAGUUCCUCCGUAGCACAGGACAAUCACAACUUUGUGAAAAACCACAGGAGCCACUCCAGCCUGCGUAAGUCACAGAAUGACAGGACUUCCACCUCAGUCAGGAAAUAUGGGCCCCUAGUGGGACCCCCUCCUACUCCUGUGUCUGUGCUGCCUGCCGAGGAGCCAGAGUGCAAAGUACCUGUUGUGGUGUUGAUGGAGGACAGGAAGGGGAAGGUGUGGGACUACACUAGCCAUACUACCUACCGCCAGAGAGACCUCCAUUCAUCCAGCUGGCUGAGCUCAGACACUCAGGGACUUAUAGAGAGGCAGCAUGGAUUCAGCUACAUCAAUAAACACAGCAGGAACUCGCAGAGUCAGAGAGACCUGACAGUCCUCAGGGAGCCACCUGUGGAAGGUUUCAAUGGGCCCCUGAACGGACUCAUCUUCUCCACUCAGGUUCCUCACAGAGGCCUGGGCUGUUCCACAACUGUACGAGGCCCGAGGAAACCCAGACCAAACUCGGAACGAAUCGCAAUCCUGGGUCAGAACCAGACAUGGGUACAGCAAAGACCAAACAGUGAAGGGAAGUCACAGAGGAAGGAAGCGGGCUGCAACAGGAAAGUGGUCCGAAACCAGAUUAAACGAGUGGUGGACAACUUAGAGCUGGUUCUCAAAGCUCUGAGGGACGUCCAACAGGAAAUGAAAGAGGUGGUGCAGCAGAUUGACUAUCUAACCUCUUCCAUUGAUUUGAAUGAUUUAAAUGAGGAGCAACAAACAAGUGGAGGAGACAGGGCCAAACCUGCCAACGACAGCAGCUACAGUUCAAGUUCCAGCUCCAGUGAAGUGACAGUGGGUAUUACCCAUCGGAGGCCCUCAGAAGCUGAAAACCAGCCAAGAGCUGUGGACUCAUAUGGCACCCUCAGGAGAGAUCAUCAUAGUAAGAGCCAGUCUCCACAGAAAGCGCAGCUGUGUCCGAUCACCUCUGGGUUUUUAUCAGAAAGAAGUCGGCCCUUCCGCUUAUCCUAUGGUCCUGUAUCCUCUCUCAAUAAAGGAGAACCACUGCCGUACACAAAUAACACCCCCCCAUCUAAUCCACCCCAACUUCAAAACAUUACCUUCCAUGAUCACACUCAAUCUUCUCAAGGAAGUCUCCCUGCUCGGCCUCCCACUCCUGGUCUUUCUCCUCUAACAGUAAACCUCCAUCACCCUGGUAGCCCAGGUUCUCGGCCUCACUCCCCUGAGACACCCUCCUCCCUUAGAAUGAGCCCUGUUUCCCCUCCUUCCCCACUGUCUCCAAAGCUUUAUCCACCCCCUGCCCUCAGUCCUUCUGUCAUCAUAGAUACCAAAGUUGAGGCUUUUCGGACCCCACAAAGUGACCUCCCAUCUGCUGGUCCACUCUCUCCAUCAUUUACCCACCCUCUGUCUGUCAGCUGCCCACCCACUGACUCAGAUACUCCAACCAUGACCGUCGCUGACACAGAACGCCGAGCAUCCUCAGCAGGACCUGCAGCCACAGCUAAACCACCCGUAGCACAAGGCCGCAGAGGACGCAAACCUCCGCCUUACCCCCAUAAAAAGCUCUCUGAGAUUACAAAGAAAGUCAAUGAGCCCCGCAAAGCUCCUCCAUACCCUGAGAAAAGAAGGCUGCUCUCAACCACAGUGUGAGACAAUGCAGCAGGUGGAGGAGGCUGAUCGAACAGAGCCAUAUUCACAGCACCAGCCACAUGUCUGCAAGAGUCAGGAGUGAUUUAAGGUUUGCCAAGUUGAGCUGAGACCAAGUUUCCAAGGUGACAGGAUGCAACUUGGGGUGAGUAAGUCAGAAAUGGCUGAUUGAUUCUGUUUGCAUUUUACCCUCUCUCUCUUUUAAACAAAUCCUCUGAAUACAUACACUGAACUAAGGCAUAAUUACAUCUGCCUGAGUAACUACUCUGGUAACAAGAACCCCUGUACAGAUGUUCAUUUUGCACCCACUCCUACAGAUUUCACAUUUAAAGGGCAACAGAUGCCUUAAAAAUACUUUAUUAAGACAGGAAUAUACAAGAAAAUUGUAAUUAUUUAAAAAAAAGUGACUAUUUUAUUGCACUUCAUGUCAUCCUUCCUGAUGCAUCCACUCACCUGUAUCAUUAUUGUCUGCUGUAGGUAAUAGAUGUCGGGAAUGCUGACGGCAUGAUGAGAACACAGUGCAGCUCAGAUUACUUUGGCUCAGAGGUGUGAAAAUCACACAAGGGGGAGGUGAGGUCAGAGAUCUGUGAUAGAUUUAAAGGGAAGGAAGGGUCUCAUAAAGGGAGAAACUUGGCAAGACUACAGAAAAAUUGAACAGGCAGAGUGGCUCUGACCUGACUGGGUCACUAGCCCAGUGUCGGGGUGCAUGUCAGAGGAGAGAUGGGGGGGCAGCUGGCCAUACGAUGCACUUCACCCGGCCCCUAGUGUUAUAAAAAUCCCAUCUCCUUUGCUGCCUCUGGCUUGACUGACCUGGCCACAAUCUCCAUCUGUUCACCUCAAAAUGUCAGGAGAUGCAAAGAGAGAGAAAUAGGAGAUGUGUAAGGGAAGAAAAAGAAAAAAUCAGACAGUGGAAUGCCAGCCAGAUUGAUUACGUAAAUACAGCACAGCAAAUCGAUGGCUGAUUCAUUUAGGUCAUCUGGUGUUGUCCUCUCUAA